AGCACCAAGAUGUUGGCUUGCCACAUGUUAACCCAUCUCACAAGGCCUUUGCGGCGCAUCCUCCCUUCACACACACUAUUUCACUUCAGAUCCUCAUACAAAUACACUUUACAAAGUAAACUCAGCAUGACAACCACAUCUUCAACUUCACUACAAGAAACUUUGGAAACGUCCUCGAUCGAUAUCACACACCCACCUUUGGACCAAUCCGGGUUGGAAAACGUUGCGAAUUUUAGAGACGUUGGACGGAAUUACAACGUCGAUGCGGAUGGCCGUGAGGAAUCCACUGCGUUAAGAGAAGGGAAUUUGUAUCGCUCUGCACGGUUAGACGAUGCAACCUCCGAGGACGUCAAGGUCCUGCAAUCCCGGUACAACAUUAAAACCGUCAUUGACCUCCGAUCUGAUCUAGAACGAAAGGAAUGCGAUCAUGUUGCUUCUACGUUUCUCUUUUCGGCUAUUGAGGAAGAAGUUCAAGAGGAACUCUCGCCGAUGCAUACACACAAGUCAUCUUGUUUCCAAACUCAAGUCCUGCCAGAAGAGUUUAGAAAUGGGAAACGGACGCGGUAUUCGAUUGAGUUUGCUGGGGAGGAUUUUAGAAAGUAUUCGGUUUGGAAACCUUUGGGGGUGUUGACCAAAUUGUGA